GCUGUACAAACUGGUUCUACGACAGCUGACUGCAGUGGAUGGGGCGAAUGGGAUUGCGAAACGCUAACAAAGGAUCAAUGGGUGGUGGAAGAUUAUUUGGAAUUCUGUGCUAGAAAUAUUGUUACUUUGGCAAAUAAAUAUUUACCAGUUUUACGGUAGAGUGCUAAGUUUUACUGUUUAAAUUAUCCACUUUGUUAAUCCCUUUUUCAAACACACAAAUAUAUUAUUUGGAUUUGGAAAAAUUUUGUGGUGCGUAUUUUACUACUUUCUACUAACAUUUUUUUAUUGUUGAUGCAUGUGUUGGCCAGUAAACAAACUGUAAUUUUGGUGACAUGUUUUUAUUUUAAACACGUAGUUUUUGGAAGAGAGAGGUAUUAAAUGCUGCGAGCAAUAAGUCAUGAUGCUGAUUUUUUUUUAUGUGCACAGCUGAUUGCAACGCGCAGCAGACCAUUUUAUUGUUUACUCACUUUGUCAGUUGUAGGAGUGUUUAAGGACGUGCGUAAUUUUUUGCGUCGUAUGUGAGUAGAGCUGCCGUUUAGAUUUUUUAAAUAAAGUGUGCUACGGACGGAGGACGAUACAAGGUUUCCUAUGGUGUGUCGUCCCGUGAGCUGCUAAGAUGUCGUCUCCGAGCGCCGGGAAGCGGCGGAUGGACACGGAUGUCAUCAAGCUCAUCGAGAGCAAGCACGAGGUGACGAUCCUGGGUGGCCUGAAUGAGUUUUGCGUAAAGUUCUACGGGCCGCGUGGGACGCCGUACGAGGGUGGCGUGUGGAAGGUGCGGGUCCACCUCCCGGAGCACUACCCCUUCAAGUCACCCUCCAUCGGCUUCAUGAACACCGUCUACCACCCCAACAUCGACGAGGUGUCGGGCACCGUGUGCCUUGACGUCAUCAACCAGGCGUGGACCGCUCUGUACGACCUAUCGAACAUUUUCGAGUCGUUCCUCCCACAGCUGUUGAUGUACCCCAACCCCAUCGAUCCUCUGAACGGGGAUGCAGCGGCCAUGUACCUCCACAAGCCCGAGGAGUACAAGAAGAAGGUGCAGGAGUACGUGAAGAAGUACGCGACGGAGGCGGCGCUCCGCGACCAGGAGAACCAAGCCGUCUCCUCCGACAGCGAAUCCUCCAUGUCCGACUUCAGCGAGGACGAAGCCCAGGAUAUGGAGUUAUAACACGUCUCGCGUUGCCCUUACACCCUGUUUUACAAUCAUUUUAACCCUUUAUUUUUUGAAUACUCUUUGUUUUGGCUAUCGCUUACAUCUUUUUGCAUUCGUGAAGAUCGUUACAACUGUCAGAAGUUGUUUUUUUGCCACGAUUGUGUAGAUUUUAUAUAGAAUUCUUUAGAGGAAGUAAUUUAUUUUUUUUAUAGCUGCUUAUAAAAUUUUGUUUUGCUUGUACAUUGUUUUACCAAACUGGUUACUUGGCUGUUCGUUAACUGAAUGGUCAAUCUUGUAAAAAUAUUUUUUAAUAAUAUUAGUUAAAAAAAGUUUAAAAUUACUAAGAAUUAUGUUGUUGUGUGUGACAGUUUAUAAUAGAUUGGUAUAGAAAAAGUUCUAUUGCUGUAGUUAAUUGAUGUGUUGCAAUGUAAACUAUGGCUGAAGUGUAGACAAAGUUGUCAAAACCGUUAGAUAGUAAGUAGGGAACAGAGCUGAUAGCAGAAUGGGAGAUACAGCCUUGGUAAUGUUUUUGACACCAGAUUGUUUUAAUUAAUUUUGUAUCAUUAACACAGUUAAUGAAAUUUGUGUUAUGCUAAAAAAAAAAAAUGCUCUCUCUCAUCUGUGGCGUAAGUAGAUUAAUCCUAGUUAAUUUUGUUCUCUGUCCAUAAAUUUCUCCUGUUGGUGGUUAUUUUUAUUCCUAUGUUUUGAAAUUGUGACAAUUUUUAUUAAGAAUGUUGGUUGAUUAAAACUUAUCAAUUUUGCAACAAAAGUAAUGAUGUAAUAAUUCUUGAUGUAAAAUGUAAGAGAGUAUCUGGAAAAUAUUUUUGUAACUGCAGGUGCUAGAGUGUGUCUGUUAGUUUUUAGAGCAAUAAUGAGCAGAAUAAGUCAUUUCAUAAACUUUUCACAGUUUGAAUGGAAAAUCUUAAAAUGGUUUCUGUCAGCAUUAAAAGUCUGGAGUUUGGUAGUUUUGAUCCACUGUUGGUGUAAUAAUGACUUACAUAAAAGAUUACACAAAUUGUUGGCCUUAUGUGUAUUGUGGUUUUUCUCAGUUGCUAUGCUUUAUGAUAAAAUACAGGUCUCUUUUUUUAAGUGUGUUAUUAGGUAAGUGUCUGGCUUCAGCAAGUCUUUCAAACAUAUGUAGUGUGCUUUUGAGCUGUCAGAUUUUUGGUCUUAUCAUUUGUAGUCUUCUAUGUUCGCAAGUUUUUACUGCACGAGUUUAUAGCUAAUCAGUUAUUUUAUUAUACGUAUAACGUCGUUAACGAAACAACACCUAUAUGACAAAAAGAAAAUUUUUCAGGCGAGCUAAAUAACUUUAUGCGCCAUGCUGGAACUGAAUGAUAGCCAGUGAUAGAAAAAAGACCAAAGCAACAAAUUAUGUUGGAUUUUCGGCGAAUUCACAUAUUGAGACUACAGUAAAUGCUCACUUUCCAUGAAGGAAUAAAAACUAAAUUUAAAAAAAAAUGCCAGGCGGUGUUGUUUCUUAAGCAAUGUUAUAUUGAUUUCUAUCCUGCCUUGACACUUCAUUCUACCUACAAGAUCUGUGUAAAGAUGCUUGAUCUGUCAAUAAGUAAAUGUAAAUAAUAAAAAAUUAUAAAUGAAGUAAUUUUUGCAGACACUUUAAGUCCAUGUUUAGAGACUUUCAUUUUUGAAUAAAUUUUUUCAAGAAUAAAUUAGUUUUAUAAAGUAACUAAUGAAAGUCAAAUGGAUCCACUACAUGUUAGGUACAGUGAAGGACUUCAGUCUGGCAACCACGGCCGUGCCCAAUGAGUGAUCUUGCACGAUUAUCGAACGUCAGUAUACAGUAAAUCUGUCAAGCCAUUUAUCAAGGUACUACUAUAAAAUUAAUACUGAUUAACAGGGAAACUUUAUUGAAAGGUUAAAAUUUUGUAUAUUUAUAGGUCCAGUGCUAAAUUAUUCAAACUUAUUAUGCAGGAAAUUUUCUUAAGAGGGUUUUACUGGAAUACCUACCAAAGAAAAAUAAAUGUACAAUUCAGUGAUUUUUAAAACAAAUAUAAUAAACUGCUGCAUGGCAAUAACAAUACAAAUGAGCGUUACUGAUUAACAAGUCUCUGGCAUCACAUUGCGCCUGUACUUACAGCGUUCUACUGUGAACCUGAGUGCAAGCUCUGGACCGGUGCCGGGCAUGUGUGUCAAGCCAAAGAGUGCCAGGUUGAAAAGUGUGACUGUGCCUAUAAAAUCUUCCACAGCAGAUUUUGUAUUUUUUAUGUAUAGUUUUAAUUUAAUGGCUCAUUAAAUGUAAAAAUAAAUGCAUUUAUUUUGCUAAUUUUUAAGUUUAUGAACAAUGCAAAAAAAAUUAUUUCCUUAAAAAAUUAAUAAAUAUGUGCUAUGGGGUUGUACAUUACCAUUGUAAAAAAAAGUUACACACAAGAAAAAUAAUAGAAGUCUUAAAAAUUAACGGCACUGUUUGUAGUGUGUUCCCAUUUUGACAGAUUUGUAACGUGUUUGUAAAUGGAAGAUCUCGGCUGUUUGCUACUUGCAUUGUUUGGUUUGCUACCCCCAUCCUGCUUUUACUGGAUUAUUAUGCUGGCAGCAGUCAGUCUGGUCACCAGCACUGCUGAUGUGACAAGUACGAAAACAUGGUGUGCUCCUGAUGUACUUCUCAAGAAUAUUUGGAUUUUUAAUUUUGUUUACACUUAUUAAUUUUUCUUAUUGCUUUGCAGUGAUGUAACAUCAGAGACCACAGAUUUCUUAAAUGUUUUUACCAAAUUUGGUGUUCAUCCCAUUUGCGACGUCCUUAAUCUUUUCGCAAUUCCUUAUACCUCUAGUGUUUAGCAAUAAAGAAUGUUUGGAGUAAAUUUGUAAUUAUAUAUCCAUUUGUUUUGUAUUGGUUAUUUUUUGUAUUUAAUUUCAAAUUGUGAGGUACAUCCUUGACAUUUAUCUCCUGCAUCAUUAUACUUGUCCAUUGGCGUGCCUGAACCAUAUGAGAUCUGGAUAUCAAAUGCUUCUUGCGCUGUCAUCAUGUUGCCACCAACGGCUAAUGUGAACACACAAAUUUUUAGAUAACUGAGCUAACAAACUAAACUCGGUUAGUUCAUCUUACAUUGAGAAAGAAUGCGAUGAAGGAAAAGUUGAUUGUGAGGUGACCACCAAGAUUACCACCUUUGGUAUAAUUGUCAUUGCAACGUGCUGAAGCAUAUGCGCCAUCAUUAUGUAAGUACACCAGCCACUCGGUCGAAAAGCCAUUUUGAUCGCAUACCAAGGUUGAGUGGCACUGUGACAUGAUGAGCCACCUGUCCAGUUGAAUGACGCAGAGAAGUGUCGCAGCAAUGAGAAGUUGUAUUGUCAGGUCGUUAUGUUUCUUGAAAAGUUUACAUUUCAGAUUUUGAGGCUGCUGAAAUAAUUUCCAUUUUUGUUUUAAACAAGCGGUAAUAACUGGCACGGUGCAUAUGGGGGUGAUGUUACAGAUUCAUUGAUAUAAAUCAUAAGUUUUUUUCCCUUGGCCAUGUUGUGGCUGGAGAUGCAGUGAGUUUGAAGAACUACCAGAAGUGUUCAUUUCAACACUUACCAACUUUGUUCCCUCAUUUUGUAAUGUUUAUUCAUGUUAUGUGUGAUUUGUUGAACUAGUGAUUGUUUAAUAUUAUUAAUGAUUAUUUUAAAAUAUUUUUCAAUUACAAAUUGCAAGUGUUUGGUUGGGAAAAUAACUUUUUAUGUUUAUAGGAUUUUUUGUGCAAAUGAUUUGAAACUGUUACUGAAAUGAUAUUUAUGCUUCCAAAAUUUGCAAAAAAAAAACUAUAUAUAUAUAUAUAUAUAUAUAUAUAUAUAUAUAUAUAUAUAUAUAUAUAUAUAUAUACACACACACACACACACACACACACACACACACACACACACACACACACACAUAUAUAUAAGUAUAUAUAUAUAUUUGCUGGCGAAAGUGUACAUAGGUGCAAUUUUUAUAGUAAAGGAACAAGCAUGAAUGGGGUUUUCCAGUUUUCUCUUGUGGAUUCAAUUGAUUGAUUUCUUGUGCAUUUGACUGCCAGUGUUAGUGAUUUGAAUCAUGCAGGCAGUAGCUCGCAGAUUUGCGUGCAUAAUAGUGAGUUAUUCCAAGACCAUUUCAACUUGCAUUGAUUUAAUACAGCCAAGAAAGGCUGUUUAAGAUUCUUCCUGUUGAGUAAGGUAUGCUGAAAAAUAUAGAUGAUUUUAGAUGUCCUGGUUGAAAUUUUUUGGCAGUUAGCAAGUUGUAGAGGCUCCACUUCACCAGCUGCGUAGAUUAUUGCAUUUUCUCUCAUGUUGGUUUUAUUGCAAUUCUGACAUGUUUUGCUGUAUCAGCACCGUGUGCUAUUUUUGUUGUUGUUAAUGUUUGCUGUAGAUAUAUUGUAUGCAUUAUCUGUUAUUUUUAAGAUAUUUAUAAGUAAUAUAUAUGCUUACUUGCAUAAUUGUAACUAACCUGAAGUUUGUUUUCUGUUUUCCCAAACCUGUCUAAUGCUGACAACUCACAUAUAUAUUUCUUCAAUAAGGUAGGGUUUCCUCACACAAUGGGGAUUUUUGUUAUUUUUUUUUUCAUUUUCUCAUAUUUAUUAUUUUAGGGCUAGUUUGGGUAAAAUUAAUACUAUACCUCCUUGUAAAAUGUGCAAAUGUGUGUAAUUGUUGUCACUUGCACGACUUUUACAGUUAUUGUGUCACACUUGGUAAAUGUUUCAUGAAAUUAUUUGUGACAACAACAAAUGCAAGAGAGGUAAAUUAAAUUUACAGAAAUCACAAAAAAAAAUGAAAAAAAUCAUGGUAUAUGAGACCCACCUUAAGACCUGGAAUUCUGGACAGUAAUUUGUAAUUUGAUCUUGUCACCAAGAGUUGGCUGGAAACUAAAACUGGUGGAGAGACUGGUAUUAUGUCAGGGAUCACAAGAGAAUAUCUCUGGCUGGCUUGGCUUACGGGAGGGGCCACAGUCUGUGGCAGACCAAGGUGGCUUCCUUGACAGCCAAUGAGAGAAGGCCAUUUGAGAGCCAAUUUCUGUGUAGGUCUAACAAUAUCGCAAAACCAUUAUUUAACUUAAAGAAUUGGAAAUUUGGGGCAUAAAAAAUAAUAUAAAUGUUUAUUAAAGUAGUUUUGUAUUGGUUGUCACAUUUUGUUAUUCAUACAUGACUCAGUUUUUUUGGUAUGAAUGAGUAAGAAAAUGUUUCCAUAUGUGAAAAUAGUAUGAAGUUUCACUCAAAAAAAUACAAAAACCACUUCUGGCAGUCAAAUGCAGUAAGGAAUGUGUGUCAAAGGGCUGUUUUGUUUUUUGUGUGGCACAAUUUGCAGUCGUAUCUGUUAGAAUGGUGUUCAUUUGACAUCUCUCUCAAGUACAAAGAAUCUUCACCAACAGGUGUUUUAUUUGUGAUUCCUCCCUUCUAUUACAGUUAACUGUUGUUUAAUGAAUAAUUCCUGUAUUGCCAUUGUAAAUACGUGUUCAUUGAUACACACACAAAUGAUGAACCCCUUGAAUACAUUUAGGUUAGUGCAUUACAUUUCUCAAUGUCUAUAGUUUUUUUUUUUUGUGAAGCAGAUGAACUAUAUUUCUCACAACAUUGUGGUGACAUCUAUGAAGCAUUGUGAAUGGUGAUGUCAUAUUUCUGCAGUGUUCAAACUCUUCAAGAGAGUAUGCACGUGCAUAUAUACAUAUUGAAGACAUCGCACGCUGUUGCUUGAGGAGAUACUUGCGGCUGGUUGCAGCACCAACAAUAACUUGUAUUUGCGUAGUUUGAGUGUUCGUGUUCAACUUGCAGUUGGCGUGGUUCCAGCUGCUUGGUUUGCAUCACACAAAUAUAUAGAUAUUAUUUUGAAUUAAAACGUGAAUUGUUAAGAAACGUACUGUGAAAUAAAUUUAACUUUAUUUAAAAACA